GGGUUUGAACCCUGGAUCAUGCAUUUAGGCAUUGUUUUCUUUGAAGAUUCUUUGAGAAAUACCUGUUUCCAGGUCAUCAUGAACAACGUUCGAGGUGAUUUCAAUUAUAACUUCACAAAUGUUACCCCAACUCAAGUGUUAUUGAAAAUCGACUACGAAUGUGAUCAGAAUUUGGCCGGACCUGCCAAUAUAAGCUGCCAUAGAAUAGCCAGAGAGAACUUAACGCUAAUUUAUGCGGACUUGCAAGCCGGCAAAGGGGCGUAUUUCAUUUGUCAGCAACUGAAAUUGUGUUGA